AUGCCGACUGGAUCAGUGAAACUGCAAAGCAUUAAAAAACUGGGGCAGGAAAACCACAGCUAUGACUUCUCAGAUGAAGAACCAGCUGGCUCCUAUAUGAGCAUGACGAAUUCCACGGACAAUAAGAAAGUUCAGGCAAAUGAGGAUCAACCAGCAAUAAGGGUCGGCUUCUUUCAGCUGUUCCGUUUUGCCACGUGCCACGAGGUGCUGAUGAUGGUGAUAGGAAGUGUUUGUGCUGUGCUGCACGGCUCUGCGCAGCCCCUCAUGCUGCUGGUGUUCGGCCUGCUCACUGACACCUUCAUCGAGUACGACAUCGAGCUGAACGAGCUAAAAGAUGACAGGAAGGAGUGUGUGAACAACACUAUCCAGUGGAAGAAGAACUACACUGCAGCGCACAGCUCGAUCACAAAGCCGAACCAGUCAGACUGGAGCCUCAUGAACAAUUCAACAUGGGAGAUGUUGACACCGCUGCCGGUCAGGUCGUGUGGGAUUCUCGACAUUGAAUACGAAAUGACACAGUUUGCCUUCUAUUAUGUUGGAAUCGGAGCAGCUGUAUUCUUGCUGGGAUACUUUCAGAUCUCCCUGUGGGUGACGGCUGCUGCCCGGCAGAUUCAGCUCAUCAGGAGGAUGUACUUCAGCAAAGUGAUGAGGAUGGAGAUCGGCUGGUUCGACUGCACCUCCGUAGGGGAGCUCAACACUCGGAUGUCAGAUGAUAUCAACAAGAUCAACGAUGCCAUUGCGGAUCAAGUUGCCAUUUUUUUGCAGCGCUUCACCACCUUCGUGUGUGGCUUCUGCAUUGGCUUUGUGAAAGGAUGGAAGUUAACGCUCGUCAUUGUCGCAGCAAGUCCACUGAUCGGUAUUGGAGCUGGUCUGAUGGCUCUGUUUGUGGCCAAGCUAACGGGGAUGGAGCUGCAGGCCUACGCCAAAGCUGGAGCUGUAGCUGACGAGGUCCUCUCCUCCAUCAGGACUGUGGCAGCUUUUGGUGGAGAGCUAAAAGAAGUGCAAAGGUACGACAGGAACUUGAUCUCAGCGCAGCGCUGGGGCAUCAGGAAGGGUCUGAUCAUGGGCUUUUUCACUGGAUAUAUGUGGCUGAUUAUCUUUCUGUGCUAUGGUCUGGCUUUCUGGUAUGGCUCCAGUCUGGUGGUGGAUGCAGAGGAGUACACACCAGGAACACUACUGCAGGUGUUCUUUGGUGUUCUGAUAGCAGCCAUGAAUUUGGGGCAGGCCUCCCCAUGUCUGGAGGCGUUCGCUGCAGGCCGUGGAGCUGCUACCAUCAUCUUUGAGACUAUCGACAGAGAGCCGGAGAUUGAUUGUCUAUCUGAGGCUGGAUACAAGCUUGACAGGGUCAAGGGAGAUAUUGAGUUUCAUAAUGUGUCCUUCUACUACCCGUCCAGACCUGAAGUCAAGAUCCUGGACCAGCUCAGUGUUGCAGUGAAGUCAGGGGAGACCACAGCCUUUGUCGGUCCGAGUGGAGCUGGGAAGAGUACUGCUAUUCAGCUCAUCCAGCGCUUCUAUGACCCUAAAGAGGGCAUGGUGACCCUGGAUGGUCAUGACAUCAGAGGACUGAACAUCCAAUGGCUGCGUUCGCUGAUUGGCAUUGUGGAGCAGGAGCCUGUGCUGUUUGCCACCACCAUCGCUGAGAAUAUACGCUAUGGUCGACCCGGCGUCUCCAUGGAAGACAUCAUCACUGCUGCAAAGGAGGCCAACGCCUACAACUUCAUCAUGGAUCUGCCGCAGAAAUUCGACACCCUGGUGGGGGAGGGCGGAGGUCAGAUGAGCGGCGGUCAGAAGCAGCGUAUCGCCAUCGCUCGGGCUCUGGUCAGAAAUCCUCGUAUCCUGCUGCUGGACAUGGCAACCUCUGCCCUUGACAACGAGAGCGAGGCCAUAGUUCAAGAAGCUUUGGAUAAAGUACGCAUGGGUCGCACUACCAUCUCUAUUGCUCACCGGCUGUCCACCAUAAAGAAUGCUGAUGUGAUUGUUGGCUUUGAGCACGGCCGGGCUGUGGAGAGGGGCAAACACAACGAGCUGCUGGAAAGGAAGGGAGUCUACUUCACUCUUGUCACCCUACAGAGCCAAGGAGACAAGGCUCUAAAUGAGAAGGCUCGGCAAAUGGCUGACAAUGAAGAAGAGCCAGAGAGGCUGAAUCUAUCCAGAGCAGGCAGCUACCGCGCCAGUUUGAGAGCCUCGAUCCGCCAGCGGUCCCGAUCUCAGCUCUCCAAUCUGAUCCCAGAGUCGUCUGUUUCCAUCGCUGGAGAGCUUGGCCCCAGAGCUUACGCUGUGUCACAGGCAGACAAAUUCAAGGAUGCCGUCCCAGAGGAGGAGGACGAUGAACUGGUGGAGCCUGCUCCAGUCACCAGGAUCCUGAAGUACAACAUACCUGAAUGGCCCUAUAUGCUUUUUGGAUCCUUUGGGGCCGCCAUAAAUGGAGGGGUCAAUCCCGUCUACUCUCUACUGUUCAGUCAAAUCUUGGCGACAUUCUCAGUAACAGAUCCUGUGGCUCAGAGGAAGGAGAUUGAUGGUAUCUGCCUGUUCUUUGUCAUGGUCGGCGUGGUCUCUUUCUUCACCCAGAUGCUGCAGAGUUAUGCCUUCUCCAAGUCUGGGGAGCUGCUGACUCGCAGGUUACGGCGGCUCGGCUUCCACGCCAUGCUGGGCCAAGAGAUCGGCUGGUUUGAUGAUCACAGAAACAGCCCCGGAGCUCUGACAACGCGUCUGGCGACUGAUGCCUCACAAGUUCAAGGAGCUACAGGUUCGCAGAUUGGGAUGAUCGUUAACUCUCUGACCAACAUCGGCGUCGCCGUCCUCAUGUCAUUCUACUUCAGCUGGAAGCUCACGCUGCUCAUCCUGUGCUUCCUGCCGUUCAUCGCUCUGUCUGGCGGCUUCCAGGCUAAGAUGCUAACAGGGUUCGCAAAAGAGGACAAGCAGGCCAUGGAGUCGGCUGGACGGAUUUCUGGUGAGGCACUAAACAACAUCCGCACCAUCGCAGGCCUGGGGAAAGAGAGGAGUUUUGUGGACAUGUACAAUGCCCAGCUAGACGCUCCGUACCAAGCGGCCCUGAAGAAAGCAAACGUAUACGGAGCCUGCUAUGGUUUCGCCCAGUGCGUCGUCUUCUUGACGAACUCCGCCUCCUACAGGUUUGGAGGUUACUUGGUGCGACAGGAGGGGCUCCACUUCAGCUUGGUGUUCAGGGUCAUCUCAGCCAUCGUCACCAGUGGCACAGCCCUUGGCAGAGCCUCCUCCUACACACCGGACUACGCCAAGGCCAAGAUUUCAGCCGCACGUUUCUUCCAGCUGCUGGACCGUGUGCCCAAGAUCAGCGUCUACAGCGACAAGGGAGAUAAAUGGGAUAACUUCCAAGGGAACAUUGACUUCAUUGACUGUAAGUUCACCUACCCCACCAGGCCUGACAUCCAGGUCCUGAAUGGGCUGAAUGUGUCGGUGAAGCCCGGCCAGACGCUGGCCUUUGUGGGCAGCAGCGGCUGCGGGAAGAGCACCAGCGUGCAGCUGCUGGAGAGGUUUUAUGAUCCUGACCAUGGCAAAGUGCUGAUUGAUGGCCAUAACUCCACUCGUGUCAACGUGCCCUUCCUGCGCUCCAAGAUUGGCAUCGUGUCCCAGGAGCCCAUCUUGUUUGACUGCAGCAUCGCAGAGAACAUCAAGUACGGCAACAACUUGCGGGAAAUCGGCAUGAAUGAGGUCAUCUCCGCCGCCAAGAAAGCCCAGCUUCACGACUUUGUCAUGUCACUCCCCGAGAAAUAUGACACGAACGUCGGCGCCCAGGGUUCCCAGCUGUCUCGCGGUCAGAAGCAGCGAAUCGCCAUCGCCAGGGCGAUCAUACGUGACCCCAAGAUCCUGCUGCUGGACGAGGCCACCUCUGCCCUGGAUACUGAGAGCGAGAAGACGGUGCAAGAAGCCCUGGACAAAGCCAGAGAGGGUCGGACCUGCAUCGUCAUCGCCCAUCGCCUGUCCACCAUUCAGAACUCUGACAUUAUCGCCGUCAUGUCCCGGGGGUUUGUGAUCGAGAAGGGAGCGCACGACCAGCUCAUGGCCCUGAAGGGAGCCUACUACAAGCUGGUUACCACAGGAGCACCAAUCAGCUAACUGCUCAGGGAAACAGCAGCCAAUUAGCGAGGCAGCCAAGAGAAACGAAAUGCAAGGAGCAGCGUUAUUACCGUACGUCGAGAGGGAGGCUGGGGCAGGAUGUAUGUGGGGGACAAACUAAGAAGAUACACCUGUUCACUCGUACAGUAUUUAUUUUUGGGAUGGGAUCCUGUCAUGCAGAGAGGGGUUUUGUUUGUCACACACCCUGUUUUGGGGGUAUUUUAAGGUCAUUGUCUUCCUGUUAUGUUCACAGUUGUUUAUCUCAUUCACACGCCAGCAGGUAGCAGGAAAGUGUGUCCCAUGUCUAAAAACCAAUAAACCAAAACACAAUACACGUAACCCACACCUGAUGCAGUGGUAUCCAGAGCUAAUAGCAUCCCAUAAUUCACCACAGUAACCUUAUUAUCCGACUAACAGUUUCUGGCAAUCGGGAUUCUGCCUGAAUAUUAUUUUAAUUACUCACGCAGUUACGGCAGAACCUCCACAGAUGGUUAUCACUUACUGUACUCGUACUGUAAUACAGAAAAUCUAUUCUCCUUGCUGAGAGUGAUAAGAAUCUACAAUCAUUAAAUAUUUAAUAUAUCAUUUUAUUAAUGGUUUUAACUGAAUAUAUUCCUUCCUUUAGUAAGAAUAGUGAGAGAAUACAUAUUUUCUCAGGAAGAAAAGUUGAUUUCCCCAAAUGUUACCAGGUAGAAAGCAUUCAAAAUAAUAUCCAUGUGCUUCUAGAUAAUUUUAUGUAAUUGCUUCAUUAAUUGUAUUCCUCCUCCCAGACUCUCAGUGUGUGUUUGUCUUUCACUGCUGUCUGACUGUAACGCCGUAUGGACGGUCCUAUUUUUUAUGCUUUGUG